GAGGCUUCGUGGAAACAAGACGCGCCCUCGAGGCCUCGUGGGGAAGUUUCCUUUGCCCGUCAGUGUUACGGAAAAAACUAAUCUCGGAAUUUUCUUGCAGUGAUUAUUUUGUUCAUCAUCUUGUUUCUUAUAAGGUAUAAAUUUAAGAAAUAAUGGAACAAGUCACCAAGUACCUGAUCAUCAUAGCUUCCGUGAUGACUGUUAAGCUUACUGUUACCGAAAGUAAGAAUGAUACCAAGCCCAGAAUAGAUAGAAGGUACUUUCACGUGCCCAUGUUUGUUAACAUCUGUGAUAUAGAAGACCGCAGAUCCAAAGUGCAUUGCUACUGCGAUAACAACAAACCUAAAAUGGCCACUCGAGCCGACUGCUGGGUGUUUGGAGGCGGAAUAACUGAAGAUGAUCCAAUAUGGCCUAAUUUUUCCUCACAAAGCGAAUUGGAGCAUCUUAUCUUCAACGCUAGAUCUGAUGACGCUCUCACCUUUAUUCCAGCGAAAGCCAUUGUCAGAUUAGAUAAACUAAAACAUGUAACCAUACAGUUCGGUACUAUCAAACGUAUUCCACCGUACGCUUUCACAAAUUCAUCAACAUUACGACAGAUUGUAUUGAAAUCAACGAAGAUAACGAAACUCGAGAAGCACGCUUUCUCGCGGCUGAUGAUGCUGUCAAACCUGAGUUUGGAUGACAAUCAAAUAGAGGAAUUGAAACGAGAAUCGUUCUACAACCUACCGAAUUUACACAUACUCCACUUGUCGAACAAUAACAUUAGUUUGAUACACGAAGGCUGCUUCAAACACCUGAACAACUUAAUAGAAUUAAGACUAGAUUACAACUACAUAUCAGUAGUGACGCGGGAGAUGUUCGAGGGACUGGAAAACCUCUCGAAAUUGAACUUGAGACACAAUAAGUUAACGAUGAUCGGAAAUUUGGCGUUCACUGAACUGUGGGGCCUGAAAGAGCUGAUGCUCGAUAACAAUGCUAUAGAAUACAUAUCGGAGAGAGCUUUUGGCGGUCUGGCUCAAUUGAGAAAAUUGUGGCUAUCGGGGAAUAGGUUGACGACAUUUUACGAGGACGCUCUCGAAGAUAUGCGGAGUCUGGUAGUGUUGGAUUUAAGAAAUAAUCUGUUGGAAACGAUAUCUUACGAGGCGAUUCGACCACUGGUCGAGAAUGUUAAAUCAAGUUCGGCUGCAGUCUACUUAGAGGGUAAUCCGCUCGACUGUAAUUGCCGGUUGUCCUGGAUAUACGUUUUACGUAACGAGACCCAGGAGAGCACUCUACGACACGCCCUCGAAAAAGUCUCGUGUAUCCAGGAUCCAGAGAGCGAUAGACAUCUCAACGACCACGUCGAAGCGACUAACGCUAAAGAUAACGUCUUGGCCGAUGAGAAUUACGAUUAUUAUGACAGAAACGACGACUACGGCCAAAGGAAUAAAUUUAAAACGAAUAAUGCCGUCAAAUUGUUAGAUAUUCCAUUAGAUACGUUGCCGUGCCCUAAAGAUUUGUUGCAGUCGGUAGAGGAAUCGUACGGACAUCCCGUGCAAAAUGAGAUAAGGCUUAAGGCAUUCUCUGGCGGCAGCUUUCUCUACCAUCGUUCGCUCUUGAUCGCAUUACCGCUAUUGUUUCUCUAAAAACUUUGAUAUAAAUGAUAGUAUUUGUGAUAUUAGAUUUAAAAUAAAAUAAAAACGUGUAAAUACCUAUCGCUAACUCAAAUAUUAAAUCGGAAAAUUUUAUCAUUGAAUCUAAUAUAUAAAAUUCUCGUGUCACAAUGUUCGUUCCCAUACUCCUCCGAAACCGCUUGACCGAUACUCAAAUCAAUGAAAUUUGUAUGCAUAUUCAGUAAGCCUGAGAAUCGGCUACUAUCAUAUUUUUCAUACCCCUAAGUGAUUAGGGUUGUCCACCCCUAACAUUUUUUUUUUUAUUCGGACACGUUUUUGUUAUGAUGAGGUAUUAUGUGGUUGAAUGAGGUUUUGUUAUUUUUAUUAUAUAUUCCCUCAUCGUUCACAGCACUACAUACCUCUUUCACUCAUUUACCACAUCCUUACACACUUACAAUAAGUUAGUUUUUUUUCUACACUAGAAAUUCCCUAGAAAUCUUAUAUAUGGCAAAACAAUGUUUGCCGGGUCAGCUAGUAAUAAUCUAAAACUGAAUCGAUGUUUGUUGUGAAUAUAUUGUUUAAGGAUAAAUUGAAUUUAUAAAGAUAAAUUGUAUGUAAUGGAAAAUCCUCUGUAGAUUAAGUGAAUGCGUUAUUCGGGAGACAUUUCGAAUGAGAGGCUCCUAAAGCCGGCCGGCUUAAAAAUUAUCUAGGACGCUUCGGGAAAUUUUCCCAGUUGACUUUUCCGCUUCGUAAGAUAAAAUCUUUCAGGUAAUUUUUUUUUCUGCUUUAAUUAAAUGUCGAUGCUAAAAAUCAAGGUUCGUAUGUAAACAAUUUUAUCCGUGUAAUUAUUUUUCCACCAGUCCCCAAUCUAUUUUCGAAAGCUUUUAAGCAAACUUUGAUCUCAAUUCAAGAUCAGUUUACUCUCUAAUA